GAGGAAGUUGGUUCAGUGCACUUCUUGUUAGAUGUGUUCAUGAGAGAGAGCACAAGCGAGGGAGACAGCUGUAUGGACGAGUGCUGAAAAAAGAUCUGCUUCUCUCUGUCGUUUUCUUUAGCUUUGCAAGGAUGGAGAUGUGGAGGCAGUGUGCCCACUGGCUUAUUCAGUGUCGAGUAUUACCCCCAAACCACCGGGUAACUUCAGAUGAGGCCCAGGCAUGUGACCUAGCACAGGCACUGCGUGAUGGUGUUCUUCUCUGCCAGUUACUGAAUAACCUUCUCCCUCAUUCUGUGAACCUGAGAGAAAUCAACCUGCGCCCCCAGAUGUCCCAGUUCCUAUGUCUAAAAAAUAUUCGGACAUUUUUGACUGCCUGCUGUGAAAAGUUUGGACUAAAGAAAAAUGAGCUGUUUGAAUGCUUUGAUCUUUUUGAUGUGCGGGAUUUUGCUAAGGUCUUGGAAACAUUGUCCAUUUUGUCAUAUACACAAGCAGCUCUGAGUAAAGGAUUCACGUCAUUCCCCCAAGAAGAUAGUCUUCCAGAAGAUGAGAUAUACAGUGGGUUAUCUGAUCAGCUUGAUGACACUGGAGAAGAUGAUGAUUUAUAUGAUUGCGUUGAGGCAGAGGAUGAUGAAGGUGAUGAAAUCUAUGAAGACUUGAUGAGAACAGAAGUUGAGAAUGUACCGCACAAGAUGACAGAACUUGACAAGAAAAACUGCUGCCUUCAAGAGAUCAGGCAAACAGAAGAGAAGUACACAGCAACACUGGAAUCAAUUCAACAGCACUUUAUGAAGCCACUGCAGUCAUUUCUGAAGCGCUCUGAAAUGGAGAAUGUUUUUAUCAAUAUUGAGGAGCUGAUUAAAGUUCAUAGAUACCUACUUGAAGAUAUCAGGAAUUCUACUUCAGGCUUUAAUGUUCAGAAUCUCUAUCAAGUCUUCCUGAAAUACAAAGAACGACUGCUGCUUUACGGCAGAUACUGUAGUCAAGUAGAAUCCGCUACCAAGUUCUUAGACAUGCUGUCCAAGUCAAGGAAUGAUCUGCAAAUGAGAUUAGAGGAAUGUUCUAACAGAGCAAACAAUGGCCGUUUCACCUUACGCGAUCUACUCAUGGUACCAAUGCAGAGGGUUCUGAAGUAUCAUUUGUUGUUGCAGGAAUUAAUGAAACACACCACUGACCCAGCAGAAAAAGAAAAUCUGCGUCUGGCACUAGAUGCAAUGAGGGAUUUAGCUCAAUGUGUAAAUGAAGUCAAAAGGGACAAUGAAACUCUAAAACAAAUAACUCAUUUCCAGUUGUCAAUAGAAAACCUGGAUGUAUCAUUAGCACAAUAUGGAAGACCUAAAAUUGAUGGAGAACUUAAAGUUUCAACGCUAGAGAAAAACUCAAAAGUAGACAGAUACGCUUUUCUAUUGGAUAAAGCAAUGCUAAUUUGUAAACGAAAAGGUGACUCUUUUGAACUGAGGGAAUUACUUGAGCUUUCAACCUUUGAUGUGAGAGAUGAUCCUUCCGGAGACAGAGAUAAUAAAAAGUGGAAUCAUGUCUUUCUUCUGAUUGACAACAGUCAAAGACAAGGAUAUGAGCUUUUCUUCAAAACUAGAGAAAACAAAAAGAAGUGGUUGGAACAAUUUGAAAUGGCAUUGUCUAACAUUUAUCCAACUAAUGCAAUGGCGAACAACCAUGACUUUCAGAUGUUCUCCUUUCAAGACACAGCAUCAUGCAAAGCUUGCCAAAUGCUGCUAAGAGGAAUGUUUUACCAAGGAUAUCGCUGUACCAAAUGUAAGGUAGCAGCUCACAAGGAAUGCUUAGGACGAGUCUCUUCAUGUGGAAAACAAAGCUCAGACCAUGGGUCAUCUACACUAAAAAAGAACAAAACCAACAGACCAACACCCAGCAGAUAUCCAGACACUGCCUUGCCCAGAAUGGAGGUUUGCCAAGAGUACAACGGCUUGCCACCGCCACCUGCAGCCUUUGGAGUAGCAAUCCGCCUAAGUGUGGGAGACAUUAUUGAGCUAAAAAAAGCAGAUGCUGACCAGAAUUGGUGGGAGGGCCAGAACAUGUCUUCAGGUGAAACUGGAUGGUUUCCUUAUACAAAAGUCAGACCCUAUAUUAGUAAACCCUCAACAGACUUAAAUGUUUUUCCAUGGUAUUCUGGGCCUAUGGAAAGGGCUGAAGCUGAGACCAUGCUCAGUGGUUGCUCAGAUGGUACAUACCUUGUGAGACAGAGGGUGAAGGAUUCUGGGGAAUAUGCUAUUAGCAUAAAAUAUAAUGCAGAAAUCAAGCAUAUCAAAGUCACAACAGCAGAGGGAUUAUACCGCAUUACAGAAAAAAAGGCUUUUAAGGGAUUAGUGGAACUUGUGGAUUUUUACAAGAAAGAGUCUCUCAAAGAGUGCUUUAAAACACUAGAUACAACACUGCGAUUUGCAAUUAAAGAGGCACAGACAACAUCUGCACCCAGGCCACCUGGUGGAAAUACAAAAUUCUUUGGAACUGCUAAAGCUCGUUAUGAUUUUUCUGCAAGAGACCGUACUGAACUCUCCAUCUGUGAGGGGGACAUAAUAAAAAUUAUAUCCAAGAAGGGCAACCAGGGUUGGUGGAAAGGCGAGCUACAUGGCAAA